AUGAGUGCCGGUUUGUUAGAUUUCUCGCUGAUGCCUGUGUUUGGUAUUCCAGCUGUGCUCAGUAAUAGAAGAAGCUCGCCUACGUCAAUAAGGCAGAGUGAACCAACAAGUCCUGGAGGAACAAGCAUGUCUCCUCGAGCCUUGUCAUCAGAAGCUCCUGCUGCAAACAUCAACAACCAAAACACACCCUCCGAAGAACCUCCUGUUAGCUCACUGCAACCAACCGAACGUAAUACUGCAGCCUCUAUUAAUAUGUCUACACGGGUGAACUUGACUCAAGUUAUCGAAAGUUCGGCACCAUCACACUCAUCCAUGUUCGGAUCACCAUUAUCAUCAAUAGCUGACUCUCUCGAGGAUUUUCUUCCGCACCAUUCCAUCCCAGAAAAUCAUCCACCGCCAAUAGUAACUGUAGGAUUGCCUGCUAGUGUACUUAACCCAGCAGAUCAAACGGUAGUGCCAAGGACAUUGUCUUUGCCACCUGUGGUUGUAAAUAGCCUUACCAGUAUUGCUACGAAUACGACGAACAGUGCUAAUACAGCACCGGCAACAGUUCUUGGUAGUGCUGCAGGCAGCUCGCCGGCAUCUGAACCGACGACACCAGAGCCACCGACACCGUUGAAUGCUACUGCUAGAGGAGCUAUUGAAGCAAUGGUAUCUGCAGAUCAAGCUGAAGGGCAUAAUAAUUCUACUCUUAGUCGACGCAUUCUGGCUAGGAGAGUAACAGCACGUAAAGCAGACCCGUUGGUAUCCCAUUUUAGUUUGGAAAUGGAUGACAAUAGGACAGUCUUCCUGCCUGGUCAACGUGUAGAAGGUCAUGUCGCACUAAACUUGCUCGGGUCUGCGGAAGUUAGGAUUUUACAAAUAAGAUUUACUGGAUAUAUUCUCACCAGACUGUAUAAAACAGAUACCAACAUCUCUGCUCACUCAGCAUCCAUCACACUCUUCCGUGACGUACAAGCCAUGAUAGCGGCGCCUUCAAUGGAAGAAAGAGGUGUCAUGGUGCCAGAAGGCGAAUAUGUCUAUCCCUUCUCAUUCAGAAUGCCACCCACCAAUUUGCCACCAUCUUACGACGGCACAUUUGGUAAAGUUGGAUAUGAGUUGACGGCAAUCUUGAAUCGAAAUGGAUAUCCUACCAGGACGGUCGUGAUUCCUUUGACGGUGCCAUCAACAGCAGAUGCUUCUGAUCGAGACUAUGCUAGUCCGUUUGAAAAGUUGCUUUCUGGACCAGCUGGAUUUUGGAUUUGGAAGAGUGGACAUUUGGAUGUUGCUGUAUCGGUUCCUAGAACGGGAUACGCUAGUGAGGAAGUAAUACCGUUGAAAAUUGACAUAACAAACCAUUCGGGAGCUGGAACGAUACUGAAGGACAUAUACUUGAAGCAGAAAGUCACUUACAAAACUUUGAGCGAGACUCGUGGUCCCUUGACCGAGAAGAUACAUAAGCUGGCAUAUACAGAACCAUAUCCUGCUUCGGCUCGUCGUGUCUCUCGUAUAGUCCAGUUCCCAGUCCCAUGCUCGUCAGUAAUGUCACCAUCUAUCAGGACAUCGAUAUUGGACGUCUCCCACUUCAUGAUUGUCAAGAUUGCCUCGAAAGCUCGCUUCUCUCCCACUCUCAAAAUUAAAAUACCCAUCUUCAUCGCAGGUUUCCCAAAUGCCCUCCUUGAUCUUUGGCAUACACGGGCAUCGGUAGAUACAUUACCAGCUUAUGAAGCACCACCAACAACAGUUGUUGUACAAAGGCCAACUAUAGUUAGUCGUUUGUCACGAGAGGUUUCCCGUGCUACGACGGAGAUAAUGUCACGAGUAGGUGCAGCGACUGAAGAGUCUAAGCAACGGGUAUCGCUAUUGGCACCUGCACGACCAACUGUAGGUGCAGAUGAAAUAGACACGAUACCAGCACAGGAAACAGCACGACCCGCUACCAACAGAGACAGUUUGCCAGGUCGUCUCUUCGUAUGGUCUAGGAAUAGUAAAAUGCCAGUCCCAUCUGCAUCUGAAGAGGUACAUCUAAUUAGUAACAACUCGAAUAAUAGUACUGCCGUGACAUUACCUGCUGCCGAGAUCGUCAAAGAAGAGGCCGAAGUAGACGAGAGACCUAGUAGAACCUCCAAUCUAAUAAGGUCAUGGACACGUUCUCGAUCUGCAGGUCGAGACCGUUAUCAAGCAUUACGCUCCGAAGAUGAAGAUGAAGUAGAUGCGUCUAUUCCACCUGUCCCGCUUCUUAGCUAUCAACGUGUGCAAACGGAUGAGUCUAAAGCAACCCGAAAGAACGAAAGUAGAAGAAAAUCAUUCUCGCCUGAUGGAUUUGCUGGCUCACUACCAUCACCACCACCAGUAAGACCACCAUCAUCACCACCACUACGAGCGUCGUUCCAGCAGGAACGAGCUGCAACCGCUGUAUUUGAUGAGUUUAUCGCUGAGGCUGGCAGAAUACGUAAUCUACGUCUAACAACUGCAGGCUCCUCUCCAUCUAUCCUGACUGGACCAGCUAUAUCGAAAUCAAGUAAAGGAAAGGAACCUGCUCAUAUAGAUUCCGAGGUAAUCCGACAAGUAAUGGCAGUAGCAGGUGAUCACCCACCAUAUGUCCUAGAACAUAGAGCGCCUGUCGAUCUAUAUAAUAGUAAUGCUGGGCCAGGACCAUCUACUAUACCCGGUGAACUGGAUGUCGGUGAACAUUCUGACCAUACAGAGUCUCCUGGAGAGUCAAGAACCGCAUCUGAAGUGUCGAGUCUAGUCGGCACACCUCCCAUGACGUCCCCAGUAGAUUCAGCCUUGUCAUUGUCUGCUCUGUUACCACUGCACGAUAUUAUAGAGCCAGCUCAUCUCACAGCACCAGAAAAUAAUAUAACACCAUCAACAGCAACAUCAGCAUCGCAUUUGACCGUAGAAGGUACUCGUAAGAGUCUAGAUAAGCAGGAUUCUGGAAUCUCGCUUGCUACUCAAAGGACAGUAAAAUCAGUACGAAAGGUUGGAGAAACUCGGAGAAAGGAGAAACCAGCAAUGGAGUAA